AUGUCACCAAUAGUUCACUGUGUGCGCCAUGCACAAGGCUUCCACAAUCUCAGCCAUGCAAAUCACCAUUUGCCUGACCCUGAACUGACGCCCCUGGGAGAAGAGCAAGCCCGCGCCUUAGGUGCUAGUUUCCCUGCACUUGAAAAUAUUCAACUAAUUCUGUCAUCGCCACUACGACGCACCAUUCAGACCGCGCUGUUAGCGUUCCCCUCACACGUAGGGGACGGUAGCCUGCAGGUUAUCGCCUGGCCAGAGGUGCAGGAAGCAAGUGAUCUCAUCUGUGACACUGGUAGGGAUCUGCUUGAUAUCAAGGCUGAGUUUGAGAAACUGCCGGUAGAUUUUACUAUGGUUGAGCCUGGCUGGCAUAUUAAGCAAGGCAAAUGGGCUCCCGUCAUGGGUAGGCUUUUGGAGAGAGCUCAACUGGCACGGGAGUGGCUGAGGCAGCGACCUGAAAAGGAAAUCGUGGUGGUUUCUCAUGGCUGCUUUCUGCAUUUUCUGACGGAUGACUGGGUGAAUGCCGUGAAUUCACAUGUAACGGACUGGGCUAAUGCUGAGGUUCGCUCCUUUGAUUUUGCCUAUGAUGAGGACGAAAGACCAGCUUUACGUGAGACAACAGAAUCUAGGAGAAAAAGAGGUUUGGAACCAAUUGCCCUGACCAAAGAGCAACGGCUAGAGCUGCAGCAGACAUCACUGCAAAACUGGAUUGAAUGGGGUGUCAUAUUGCCGUGA